AUGGUGCUCUCUUUUAUUCUUGUUCAGAAUCGCCAGGGCAAGACUCGUCUCGCCAAGUGGUAUGCGCCGUAUUCAGAUGAUGAAAAAGUGAGACUCAAAGGCGAGGUUCACCGCCUUAUCGCGCCCCGAGACCAGAAAUACCAAUCCAACUUCGUCGAGUUCCGGCGCAGCACGAAAAUUGUGUACCGUCGCUAUGCGGGACUGUUCUUUUGCGCGUGCGUUGACGCGAAUGAUAACGAGCUGGCGUAUUUAGAAGCUCUCCACUUCUUUGUGGAGGUGCUGGAUCAGUUUUUUGGGAAUGUGUGCGAGCUGGAUCUGGUGUUCAACUUCUACAAGGUUUAUGCGAUUCUCGACGAGGUGUUCCUAGCCGGGGAGAUUGAGGAGACCAGUAAACAAGUGGUUUUGACGAGGUUGGAACAUCUAGACAAACUUGAGUGA